UUCUCCCCAGCCCGCGGCUCCCCUCCAGCCACCUGCGCGUGUUCGGGAUCGAAGCGCAGUCAGGAGGGGGCUGGCUGAGCUCAGUCCACCAGCAGCUCCAGGAAGAGACGCAAACUACAACUCCCAUCACGCCCCGCAGCCGGCUCCCUCCCUCCUCUCUCUCCUUUCCCUUCAGCCUGCGGCCGGGCGGCGCUGGGCUUUUAUCUGCACACCGGGCGAGAGGGAGCCAGCCGGAUCCCAGCGAACUUCCCCGACUGUAGUGCUUUGCCCGGCGGCGGCAGCGGCUCAGAGCCGGGUUCAUCUCUGUGUCCGCGCCAGCCCGGAGCCGGGGGGGCAAGGGUUCUGUUCUAGGCGCACUGAGAGGAUGGUCAUCCGCGUGUUCAUCGCCUCCUCCUCAGGCUUCGUGGCGAUAAAGAAGAAGCAGCAGGAUGUGGUUAGAUUUCUGGAAGCCAACAAGAUAGAGUUUGAGGAGGUGGAUAUCACAAUGUCAGAAGAACAGAGGCAAUGGAUGUACAAAAAUGUCCCCCCGGAAAAAAAACCUGCUCAAGGCAACCCCCUGCCACCUCAGAUAUUUAAUGGCGACCGAUACUGUGGAGAUUAUGACAGUUUUUUUGAAUCCAAGGAAAGCAACUCAGUCUUUUCAUUUUUGGGCCUGAAACCACGGUUGGCAUCAAAGGCAGAACCUUAGAGAAGAAGAGUGGAAGAUGACGGAGAUGCAUUUUGAAGCACCCACUGGUACUCGCACACACAUGCUUACCUAAUGCAUCACUGUGACAAAAGCCACACACAUUACCAGUCACUUUGCUUGCCACGGAAAAGAAGUUUUUGAAAGAUGUGGAUAUAAUGCGGAUUGCAUGAUUGCUUUAAACCAAAUCAGGUGGUGGAUUUUUUUUUUUCUUUCUUAUUUUAUUUUGCCUGCAGUUGCCUCACUCACCUGGAAAUACUGACACCUGUUACAGGUGUACUUUCUUAAUGACCGAAAGUUAAGUGGGUAGCACCAUCAGAGAGAAAAUGUUGGAUCUGCCCUAGGUUAUAGUAGAUGCCAAAAUUGCAUAAACCCACUUCUCUUUAAGCUACCGGGAUUGUGUCUUUGAAAUUUGUCUGCCAGGCUGUUAGAAUCUUUGAAUCAGAAGGAAAAAAAAGCAGCAUUGGUUGAAAAAGGGCGUUGAAAAAUUUGCUGCAGAAUCACUUACAAGCAUCAUGAUUCCCAUGCUUUGUAAUAACACCUGGUGAAAAAGUUUGAUAUUCUAGACUUGUUUUAGUAAUGGAAACUCUUACCCCAUAUAUCAUCCAGGCUCCUACAGAUGUUUCCAGAAAUCCCUGUUGCAACAUCAAGUGAUCAGAACUAAGUUACUAGAAUGACAAUAAUUGCUAUUCGAAAUAUAUGCUUCUUUAUUUCUUGCAAGGGGCAAGUUUCACCUAAAUGCCUAAGACUGCUUGAAAGAUAUAUUUUAAGUGGUGCACUAAUUAGUUAGUAAAUUUAUAGGAAAAUUGUCUGACUAGUAUCUGAAGGCAUAUUCAGCUCUAGCAAUUUAUUUAUAAUACAUAAGUAUUCAUAUAUUUUUAAAUGCAGCUCCCCUAACAGACAGCUGCUGCUUCUAUUUUGUGAAGGGAUUAUAUUUUUUGAGAAAGGAAGAUUUCAGUUAGAUAUAUUUUGUGAACCCUUGAUUAAACAUAUUAAAAUAUACCAAUAUUGUAGUAAAAUUUAGUUUUUCCUUAUGUUACUUUUCAUUUGUCUCUAACUUUGCUUGCUCAUAUUUCUGGCCAAUGUACAGCCUACGAUUUUUCAGAUUAAUAGAGAUACUUGCUCUGAUUUCAUAUAUGAGCAAAAGUAAGUUUUCAGAGCAAUACAUUUGAGAAAGAGAGUAACUCGGAAUUGUAUUUGUCAAGGAAAAUCUCUACUCCCAUUGGAGUGGAUGUUGAUAAACAUUGAACGUGUCUACUUCAUUAGAGCAGAGGCUACUUUUCUGCAUUCUUGUUCCUUUAACAGGGAUGCUUAAUUUUUUUAAAAAAA